AUGAAUGCAUUAGACGUGUCCUUAUUUAAUUUUUCUUCAUUAUUUAAGAGCUCAAACAUCAGUAAAACGGAAGGAGAUGACAGAUCUCAUGGUGUGGUCCUCGAGGGUUCAGGAUUCAGUCUGGCUACUACCAAACACCAAGAGCAGGCAUCGCAACAGCCUUCAGAACAGUUUGCCUCUGACGCAAGUCAUCUCGAUUCUAAAGUGUCAGGGAACAUGCAGCAGGAGAUUUUUACAGAUGACAACUGCAUUCAACAAGGAAGCAACAACUGUGUAUCACAUUCAACAAUGCAAGUGGGAACAGACUUUGUAGAUCAUUCCAUUGAAGGGAUAAUGUGCUACUCCAAUCCUAUAAAUUCUGAUGUUACUGAAGGAAGAAAUAACAGUAGCAAACUGGGCAGCCAUCAAUAUGAAAUGGAUGCACUUUGCAGCACUCCAAUCCCAGUAGCUCAUAGCACAGCAUUUGAGCCACUAACUCAAACAGAGUGCAAAACACAGAACUUAAGCACCUCUAUCUCCAAGGGAGAGCCUAACAAUGAACUGUUGCACCAUUUUAACCAGGAAACAAUUGAUAAAGUGCCAGUCACCCAUGAGGAAGUAGCAUCCCAAAAUAAACAAUCAAAGUGGGCUCUCGUAAUCAGUAAGAAUGCUGACAAAAAUGUUGAAAGCCGUGUGCUUGCCCCUGAAGAAUUAAAGGACUUUACUUGUAUAGAGGAGACUCGUCAUGUAGUAUGUGAAGUCUCAGAGGUUAACAAACAAGAACAAGAACUGCUUGUGCAAAUGAAUCUGACUGGUGACCUAAAGGGGACAAAAUGUUCACAGCCUGUUGGCCUUUCACUUGAUACUAAUGCUGAAAAUCAGCUGGAGAGCUACAGCAUUAAUUCUCAGCCUAACGUAAUGGACAAGUGUCAAAUUAAUUCUCAGCCUGAUGUAAGGGAUAAAUGUCGGAAUGUAAAUGCGAAAAUGCCAGAGUUGCCCAACUCAGUGAGAAAUCGUCUCUUGAUGAACUUUGAAUCUCAAAAUGGCUCUAACAGCAACUGGUCUGACAUGAAUGUUCCAGCCCCCUCUUUGAUCGACCGUCUAAUUCUCCACAGAGACUCAGGUGGUCAAGAUGUUAAACUUCAAGAACAGCUGAGCCAAUGCUUUUCAGAAAUUAAAAGGACCGAGAGUGUGUCUGAGAUACAUCCCAGUGAUCAAGCAGAAACGGACAUAGCCAGAAGCCAUGAACAUCAGGAGAUCACCCAGAAAUCUUAUGAAACCAUUCAUGGUUGUGGAGAUAAUAUAGAGGGGUGUAAUUCCAUAAAUUGCCACAGUGCUGAUGAAGAAACAAAACUGCUAAUCCAGGAAGCAUUAAGUGAAAACCAUGACAGUGAUGCUAUAUCAACUAACACUGGAGACCAGAAGUGUGAUUCAUUUAGACAAGGCAGACCAGGAGAACGAUGUGUUGGAUCUAAUGAGUCAACCCUUUUUGGAACUCAGUUGGCCAACUCAGCACUCAUUUGUUCGGAAGCCGAUGUGUCCAAAAGCCCUGUGGCUUUUAAGGUGUGUGUGGAAAACAGCAAUGGUUCUGUGCGGGAUGUAGAUUUGGAAAGAGGAUCACAAAUCUCAGAGAAAACACUGCAAAAUACAAAAAUCAACCUUUCGCAAACACCUGACCAUCCUGUCAACAAUGAAGAAGUUAUUCCUGAUAUUGAAGUAAAUAGUUAUCAGAUACAUUUUAGUGAUAAAUGUAAUGGAAAAGGAACAGAGGAUGCAGGAGACCGGAUAAUCAAUAACAUGUCAUUGGCCACUACCAAAGAAGUCAUUUGUAAUAAAUUGUCAUCGCAGGCUAACCACGGCUUCCAGAUUGGAUGCCACAUGAGUGCCAUCGAAGAUUCAGGUGCGGUAGAUUUAAACAGAAAGGAAAUUCAGCAGGGUGUCAGCAGUGAAACAAAGAAUGAGGGCGUUACAGCAUCUUCACAGAUAUCUGGCGAUGGAAUAGACGAUGAUGCUGAUGGUUGUCAUCAAGAAGAAAAGAAACAGAAUCAAGAUGGAGGAAGCAUGGAAUGUGGGGGUGUGAACAGAGAUGAUAAUGCAGAAGAGCACAGAGUCCAGACUUCAAAUGACCAUCUUAAGGAGGAAGAUGUAGAUAAGUCUGAUAUGUUUAAUCAGACGUUUUUUUCUGUGGAAGAGAUGGAUUUGCAAGUGAGUUGUGACCUGGCAGCUGGAGACAAGAAUACGCUACCUAGAAGUGGUCAAAAUCUAACAGCCAUUUCAGUAGCUUCCUCGCAACAUCAAGCUGAGGAUUUCACAGUAAGGCAUGAUGGAGACCUUUCAAUGACGUUACCAACUUCAAGUGUUGAAUCAGCAGCUGCUGCUUCUGUUCAUAAGAAAGCCAACACAGAAAGUAAUGAUAAUGGUGAAGAAUGUAAGGGCUACAGUUUGUCGAUGGCACAUGAGAGAUCCUCCACUAUGGCUCAGGAGAGGGUUAAUUCUCAACAUGUGACAGCAUCUUGGACUGUGAAACAAAAGGAUGAAAGUGAGCAAAAUGCACACCACAGUACCAAUUGUGAGACUCUUUCCAAAUCCAUUCCAGGCAUGGUUCAUCCAGAUGAUAAAGGUUAUGGAUUGGAACUCGUUAAACCAGUGACGGAUAACAAGGAUAUGAAGGAUGAUUUACUGCUCAUUGCCCCUCAGGAUAAUGCUAAUUUCUCAUCAGAGUUGGAAGACCUCCAUUUAAGUGAGGCAGAUUGGCAGUCCCUUUCUUUUGCAGAAGAGGAAGAUGCCACACAUGUCGUCUGUGGGCUCAUUAAUGAGCUUUCCAAAAUUAAUCGUAUCAUUAUGAUCACUCACCGGGAGCUAGAAAGCAUGAAAAGGCACAAAACCAGGAAAGCAAGAACUACCGGCAGACACCCACACUUCCCAAAAGGAGCGGCAAAUGUACCGUAUUUACUGAAGAGAAAAGAUCUGUGAAAAAAGUUGGGGCUUGCUGGUGUUCACAAUAGUCACUGACGUACUUGCAGCAUAGAAACAGGCCAGUUGCCUCAACAUGUCCACUUGUAGUUUAUGCUGCACUAAAAGCUCUCUGUCUCAUUUAAAUCUCGAGGUAUCUUUCUGUUCCUUUCUCCCAAGUGUUUAUCAAGCUUCCCUCUAAAUGCAUCUGGACCACUUCAAUACUAAUUGCCCACAAGGUCCACUCACUUCAAUACUAUUUGUGCUCACAAGUUCCAAAUUGCAGACACCCCCUGGUAAGUACGUUUCCUUGAAAUCCUCCUUUGACGUUGUUCCAAGGACUAUUUUAUAGAUCUUGCACGAGAGAAAACAUCUAUAUUUACCCUUUCGCAAAAGUUUCAUUAUAUAAUCACCCCUCAGUUCUCCUGUUUCUAUUGAAAAGAGCCUGUAUAAUCAAUCUUUCCUGAUUAUCUGAAAUACGAUACCAUCUUAACUAAUCUUUGUCGCACCACCAAAACUUGUAACUCCAUUUAAUAUAAACAGCAUUCCAAGUUUCAUGAAGCAUUGUUCUGUAAAGACCCAACGUUAGUUGUUUACAUUCCAGUUUCUUCUCCAGAAAUAAGCUGCAGAGAUUCAUUAGUCUGCAUUGACUGUUAGCAUUUAUUUGUGUAUUUAUAAUCCCAGAUCCCUCUUCCUGCACCUCAUUAUUUUCCAAGGAUUGCAUGGGCUCCUUAUUCGUGUAGCCAUAAUAUAUAUCGCAUACUUGCCUUAUUUUGAAAUUCAGUUGCACACUUAUUCUUCAGGCUUAUUAAUACUCUCCUGUGUUGAUCCAGUCCUCUGUCUGACUCACAUCCUUCAAUUUGGUUCUGGUCACAAAUGUUGAAAUUCCUGCUUCUGAACUUUUACUUAUGUAGAUGAUGAACAAGAGAGGGCCAAGCAUCAAUUCUAUUAGAUCCCUGGUUCCCACCUUGUGAAAUGUAGUUAUCUUCAAUAUGCAGCAAGCAACUGCAAAUGCUGGUUCAAACCGAAGAUAGACACAAAAAGC